GCGGAGAUGAGCCGCGGUGUUUUUCUUUCCUUUAUGUGUCUUCCGGGACCAGGUCAGCGGUGCGUUACUUUGAAGUCCAACAGUUAAACCUUCAGCCCAGUUGGUUUAGAAACAGCCCGGAGGAUUUAUACCGCCUGCUGGAUGACUUCUCGAAGCACUACCUGGGGAGGAAACGCUUCUCUCUCGCGCUCUCUUUCAUUUGGAGCUGUGUUUUUAUUUUUGCGACAGGACGUUACGGGGCAGAGAGCCCAGCCUGUUGUGGACUCUACUUUAAUACUUUUGAAAAGAGGCUCCGCUCGGCUACACGGAUGAGUGAAGUGGAGCUGAGAAGAUCCCCCGCUGCUUUGAGAGAGAGUGAGGAGGAUUAAAAAGGGAGGCGCGACGGCACUCCUCUCCACACGGCAGCCGGAGCUGGAGUCAUGAGCAGGGCGCUGGCGGAGCGCAGCGGCGGCGGCGGCAGCUUCCGAGAAGAUGCUCCUCGUCCUCCGGUACCGGGGGAGGAGGGAGAGGCGUCGUGCAGAUACAACGCCAGCAGAUCGGCCAACAUGAGAGCCCAGCAGAGCAAGGUGAAAGACGGCCUCUCCCCUCCCGGCUCCACGCCGCGGAGGAACGAGGACGGACUCGGGGAGCCGGAGGGCAGCGCGUCCCCGGACUCGCCUUUAGUCCGGUGGACCAAGUCUCUGCACUUUCUCCUGGGGGACCAAGACGGCGCGCACCUCUUCCGGACCUUUUUGGAGCGGGAGAACUGCGUGGACACGUUGGACUUCUGGUUCGCCUGCAACGGCUUCCGGCAGAUGGACUUAAAGGAUACCAAAACGCUGCGGGUGGCCAAAGUGAUCUUCAAGCGCUACGUGGAGACCAACAGCAUCGUGGCCAAGCAGCUGAAGCCCGCCACCAAGACCUUCAUGAGGGACAGUAUCAAGAAGCAGCUCAUCGACUCCGCCAUGUUCGACCAGGCGCAGACGGAGGUCCAGUCCGACAUGGAGGAGAACGCGUACCAGAUGUUCCUGACCUCUGACAUCUACCUCGAGUACGUCCGCGCGGGCUGCGAGAACGCGGCGUACAUGAGCCACGGAGGCCUCGGCAGCCUGAAGCUGGUGUGCGGCUACCUUCCUCCUCUCAUCGAGGAAGAGGAGUGGAGCUGCGGGGACCUGAAGGGGAGCACGUUGGGGUCCGUGGUGGGACUCUCUGCGAAAACCCUGAGGGCCACCGCGACCAUCCGGACCGCGGCCGAGGUGCUGGAGACCAGCUGCAGGGCCCUCCGGCAGGGCGACCCCGCCUCCCCGUACUUCGUGAACUCCGGCUACGUCUACGCGCCGGCGACCAGCGGCAACGACAGCGAGGCCUCGAGCGACGCCCCCACGGACGACGCCACGGCGGACAGCAGCCUAGAUGGAAUCCCUCCUUACAAUCUGGGCGCCAAGAAGCAGCUGCAGAGAGACAUCCACCGCAGCCUCAAGAGCAACGGCCACACCGCACUGCCACACUUCCCUAGGACCCACCGGCUGCCCAAGGAGAUGACCCCCGUGGAGCCUUCGGCCUUCGCCGCCCAGCUCGUCUCGCGGCUGGAGAAGCUGAAGCGGGAGCAGGACGCCAUGAGCUCGCUGGAGGAGCGGCUGCAGCAGAUCCAGGAGGAGGAGGAGCGUGAGGAUGGCGUUGACCUCGCCGGCAGCCCCUCCCUCCAUCACCCUCUGCUCCCGCCCGGCAGCCAAUGCGAGGAGGACCCUCAGGCCAUCCUGGAUGAGCACCUGUCGCGCGUCCUGAAGACGCCCGGCUGCCAGUCGCCGGGCGUCGUCCGGCACUCGCCGCGCUCGCGCUCCCCGGAUCGGACGGACGUCGCCGCGGCGACCGUCGGCUGCCGCCGCGGGCCCUUCUUCGACGCGUACGCAGGGGCCGACAGGGUUCCGAUGACGGCCAAGCAGUCCACGAAGCACAUCCACCACCACUACAUCCACCACCACCACGCCGGCCUCAGGACCAAGGAGCAGAUCGAGGCCGAGGCGGCGCGGCGCGUGCAGUGCCUCUGCCCACCAGGGGGCGCCAACUACUCCGACUUUACCCCCGCCCGCUGCAGCACUUUGUCCAGACGGCCUCUCAAAGCCACCGAUGAGGGCGCCUCCACACCGCGUCUUCCGCUCGACGCCACCGACCGCUCUCAGAAUGUGUGGCAGUGGAUCCUGGAGAGCGAGAGGCAAGGGAAGCACAAGCCACACAGCAGCACUCAAGGCCUAAAGAAGUCCAACCCGCUGGAUUCCAACAAGACUCCCCCCGGGCGGACUCACUCCUCUUGGGGCGGAGGCGGCAUCGGUAGCGGGGCUCACCUGCGCGGGCACCACCCGGGCCACCCGUUCAUCCAGGACCCCGCCAUGCCGCCCCUCCCCCCACCCAACACCCUGGCACAGCUGGAGGAGGCCUGCCGCCGGCUAGAAGAGGUCUCCAAGCCCCCGAAACAAAGGCAUUCAACAGGACCCAUCGUCCUCCAGAGGGACCGGGUCCAUCCAGCCCCCCCCAUCCCCACCGGAGGCAGCGGCCCUCCGGCCGGCGUUCUCCACGCAGACGAGUCUAAGGAGCUGAUGGUCACCUACUUCUUCUGCGGGGAGGAGAUUCCUUACCGCAGCAUGAUGAAGACGCACUGCCUCACCCUGGCUCACUUCAAGGAGCAGCUGAGCAAGAAGGGAAACUACCGGUACUACUUCAAGAAGGCCAGCGAUGAGUUUGAGUGCGGCGCCGUGUUCGAGGAGGUGUGGGAGGAGGCCGGCGUGCUGCCCGUGUACGAGGGCAAGGUGCUGGGCAAGGUGGAGCGGAUGGACUAGAGGGAGAGACUCUUUGUAAACAACAACAAAGACUCUGGACUCUGCUUUUUGUUUUUUUCUUCUAUUUCUUAAUAUUAAGCUAAACAGAGUUAAUAUAUCCAGCACAAGAGGAAGUGUUUGAAGGAAGACGAGCCAAUGAAGUAUGUCGAAAAAACCCAGAGGAGGAGGAGGAGGAGGGUCCCCCCCCCCCUGACUUUAUCAACCAAUCAGCCUUAGCAACACACGGGAACGAGAGACUUUAAGAAGACCAACGCACGAGGAUGGAGGAUGAUGAGGAUGAUGAAGAUGAUUGGAGGGGGGGGGGGGGGACCGCCUCUUCUUGAAUAUAACCACUGAAGAUAAAGACGACUGUUUGUGUCGCGAUGAGAGACUUGACGGUGCGUUCAAGUGCAACAACGGACUAGCGCCGCCGCCGACCCGCCGCUCUUACCGUUACACCCCGACGUCUCAUAUACAUGUAUUAUAUAUAUAUAAAAUACAUGCAUAUAUGUAUAUAUAUAUACAUGUAUUAUAUAUAUAUAAUACAUGCAUAUAUAUGUAUACAUGUAUUUUAUAUAUAUAUAUAUCGAUGCUUUUUUGUCUUGAGUUUAAACGUUUUUAAGUAUUUAUUGAAAGAAAAAGAAAAAAACCAACCCCACUCCUUUUCCCUUUGUCCCGCCCCCUCUCCCUAUUCCAGCCAAUGGGCAAGCUGCUUUGAAUGUUGGGAGAAUCCCGCGGUGAUAUGUGUGUGUGUGUGUUUUUUUACUUUACACAGAAGGAUGUGAGUCCAGCCUAGCACCUCCCACCGCCUUGUAGCCCCCCCCCCCCCCCACACUUUAAUGGUCCAUCCCAGUCGUACAUAUGCUGCUGUUUGUUUGUAUUCCCUCGUUCGUCCCCUCCCUCUCUCUCUCUUUUACUCUCAGUCCGGCGACAGAGCUCACUCUUUUGUUGUUGUUGUGCCUUUGUUUUUGCACCAGGCAUUGCACGAGGGGGGGGGGUCAAACAGCUGCAGCGUCUCAUCUCGGGCUGCAACUAACGAUUACUUUGAUAAUCGAUUAAUCGGUUGAUUAUUUUAUCGAUUAAUCGGAUAAAAAAACUUUAAUUUUCAACCCUUUAUUCAAAACAGGGUCCGUACGGUCAUGGAAAACCUGGAAAAGUCAUGGAAUUUUUAAAUGGCUAUUAGCAGGCCUAGAAAAGUAGUUGAACAAAAUAAAAUCCCAAAAUAUUUGGAAAAGUAAUGCAAAUUUGUUUCAUUCAAAUGUUAAUUUACACGGUAUAUAUACGGUAUGCUUUGGAAUUCUCAUUGUUAUUUUAAAUACUACAUCUUCUCACUUUGUCACGUAUCGACAGAGUUUUCACAAAAUGUUUAAUCAUGGAAAUUUGGUUUAAAGUCAUGGAAAGGUCCUGGAGAUCCACUGGUCACCAUGGUGAUGAACCUGUUCACUGGUCACCAUGGUGAUGAACCUGUUCACUGGUCACCAUGGUGAUGAACCCGUCACAAACAGACAGCGUUCCUCUCCUGAGCAGUGGUCCCCAUGUGGCCCCCUGAACAAUAUCAGAGACGCGUUCCGAUUUAUUAUUGUGGUCACCUGGCCCGCUGCCGUUGAGAUUACAGUGAGACGCGGAGAAAAUGUGAAGUGGUGCUCUUCUUCGCAAUAAAACAUCUUUGAUGGGACGUGUCGCGUCUCGGCCAAUCAGCGUUCAGAUGUGAACAGCGUUUGGGAAGUUAGGUUAGCUUGAAUGUUAGUCCGCUACAUCUGCUGCUGUCACGCUGCACGGUGUAGCGAUGCUAACAAAGUACCCGUACGUUGAACACGAUGUGAUUUCGCAUAUUUUUAGUAUCGAUACAGAGGAGCAGCUCAGCGCUGAUUGGCUCUCACAACGCAGCGUCUCUCCUCUUUCUCAACUCAACUUUGUUUAUACUCCGCGACUUAUUGAGCGCCGUAAUAAUCGCGCGACACAACGAAUCGAUAAUGAAAUUCGUUGCCAACUAUUUUAAUAAUCGAUUUUUAUCGAUUUGAUCGAUUCGUUGUUGCAGCCCUCAUCACGGCGCAGUGUUUACACGCUCACAGAAACUCACGAAGAAGAAGUUUGAGUCGCCGAGGACGACGAAAACACCCGAAAAGAAAAGAGAGGAAGAAGUGACCGUGGAAGAGUUGUGGCUCCGAUGUCCAUGAACGUUGUCACGGUAACGUCGUGUCGAGCAGAGCUCCCGUCGACAUGAUGUCAUGCAUUUGAAGUAUGGAUACUGACACACACACACACACACAGUAUCUCUGCCUACAUGGACCGUACCAUGUGCUGCCCUGUUUCAGGGUCUUAAUAUAUAUCCCUCGGUUUUCAGAAGGGUUUUUAUGUUGGAAAAGAUAUUUUGAUGCUUUUUAAUAAUAUCCUGUAAUCAUGAUGUUUUUUUUACACCGCAGCCUUUUUAUUGUUUUUUUUGUUUUGUUGGUUUCAUUAUAUCUAAAACUGUAAAUUAUACAUUAUAUAAAAGAGUUUCAUUUAAAGAUUUACAUGGACCUAUAAUUAUUGUAAUUAUUGAGAGAUGUAGCCUUUAUUAAAGUUUUAUAUUUUUCAAAUGAAA